ACCUUUUCCUGAAAAUGCAUUGUCCCUUGAAAUCAAGAUUACCCAAAUACCUUACCUUCAGUAGCAAAUAGCUUCGAGAUUUGAACACAUUGUCUACAGACGCUUCUUUCAAGACAUCCAUUAUCGGGCUUAUGAUGAAUAGGGUGACUGGCCACUGAAGCUUGUCCCGAUUGUUGGUGCGUCUCAGCACGUGCACGCGGCAACCAUCACAGUCAGGGCUCGAGAAUACCAACCCCACCUUAGACACCGCAUCCAGACCGGAUUCAAACAAGAUGUCCACUAAAACAAUGACAUCGAACGUUCGAAAGUUUCGCUUCCUAACCGUCGCUCAAGUCAAACGGCUCCACGGCGUGUUCAUGGGCGAAACCAAUCUCUCUCAGCCCUCCUUGUUAGAAUCGGCAGUACAGUCGCCCAUCAACAUCAAAUACUACGAGAAUCAACAGAAUGCGUUCCGGCUCGCAGCCAGUCUCUCCGAGAAGAUCAUGAAAAACCACGCAUACCAAGAUGGAAAUAAGCGGACAGGACUUCUUGCGGCAGACAUGUUCUUGCGAAUCAACGGAUAUAGACUCCGAGAAAAGUCUCUACGGCAAGAUCGGGAUCUAGAAGAGGCAGAGGUUGCUGUUUGUACAAAGGAGUGGACGGCGGAGAGAUUGGGCCGUUUCUAUGAGCAAAUAGCCACCCCGAUCGAGACCUGCAAAAAGGAGGUCGAACACCACUGAUUUCUGGGUACUGCGGGGUGCGAUUAUGCUUGUAUAGACCAUUCCAAGGGCCUCCAAGCUUCUUUUGACAUGAUAGGACAGGAUACGACUAUUUUGGUGGCAGAAGUAUUGAGGCAAGCGCUGAGGGAAUCAAGAAUGGUUGGAUCAGGGACCCCGAGAGAGUUUGAGCACCAUUCACUCACCUCCCGAGGAGGUUCGACAGAUCAAUCAGCCAUGUUUUUUUGUUAGCAUCAAUCAUAAUUUGAAUCUACGAGGUCCCCUAC